UUUAGAGCAGUGAUAGUCAACCUGGGUGCAUGGUGCACCCCAGGGUGCAUGAUUUUUUUCAAAGGGUACAUGGAAAUAAUGGGGUACAUGGAGGGGUACAUGACAAGGCUAGUGUGUACAAGAAUGCACACUACGAAAAGGUGUUUUAGGAAGAAAAUUGUAAGUGUAAUGUAAGAAAUUAAUUUAAAUUGAGAUUAUAGUAUUAAAAAUAUGUGUAUUAUAUUAGUAUAUUACACUCAGUAUUAACUAUAGUUACUAUACACAGUAUAAAGAGCCAUUCCCCAGAUAGGCAGAUACUGCCCCAAAGUGUGGGGAAAAGUAUGAGGAAUUUGGUAUAGGUACUUUUCACGACGGGUUUUGUGACACAAUUCGCGCCUCACGGGUUGGCAACAUUGCAGCUUGCGGGCCUGCGGCGGUGUACUGGUAUUAGACGUGUCACUGGCGCUGGUAGUAGAGGUAUACACUCAGUACAGUGCUACCCUCAUUCUACCUUCACGUUCCUUCGGACGCACAGUCAAGUUGACUCCCGACUUAACCACUCAAAAUCGCUCGUAUAUUGAUGGCUUUGCUCAAGUACUUCAAGAAACCCGGUGUUACUGAUGAACUACGACCUGAGGAACUGGAUAAAAGGCAAACAACAAGUGAUGAAAAUGGACAGGAAGAUCACCCAACUGGAUCAGUUUUACCAACACCGAAGAAUGGCGGUGAAACGAGCUUCAAGCAAAAAAGGCAUCAUCCAUCAAGUACGUCCAUUCAAUUGAAAUCAAAGCGAAGGAAGUGGAAUAAUGACUAUGUGAAGUAUGGAUUUUAUUUGCCAAAUGAAGAGGAGCAGAAUCCUUAUCCAGCUACUCGAGCUGAACUCAAAAAGCAACAACGCUCCUUCGAUAGCAUUAUGGUCCAUCAAGAAAAGGAAGAGAAGUCCCUUCUAAUGACAUCAAUGGAAAUAGCACAUAUACUUAUGAAAAAUAAGAAACCUUUCACUUUAGCUGAGACAGUCAUUCUUCCAUGCUUAGAAAUAGCUGCCCAGCAUCUUCAUGGAGGCAAGAAACCACGUGAUAAGGUUCGGAGUAUUCCACUUUCAGACUCCUCAAUGAAACGUCGAUCUGUGGCAGUCGCUGAAGAUUUGAAGGAUCAGCUACUUACAAGGCUCAGGGCAGCACCCUGGUUUGGUUUGCAGUUCGAUGAAACCACUGACAUUGUAAAUGUUGCUCAACUUUUAGCUUACUGCCGCUUUCCUGACAGUCAGUCCAAGAAAAUUGUAGAACAUUUCCUAUUUUGUUUACCACUAGGUGUGCAGACAACAGCAGAGGAAAUAUUCACCAAGAUAAAUGAGUUUAUGGUCAAGAAUAAUCUGAGCUGGAAAAAAUGUGCUUGUGUUACCACAGAUGGGGCUGCAGCAAUGGUUGGAAGUAAGAAAGGUGUUGUUAAGAAAAUUAAGGAUGUUGCUCCCAGCUGCUGUUCUAUUCACUGUAUAAUACAUCGGGAGGCAUUGGCUGCCAAGAAUUUACUGUCAAAUGUGGGGAAAAGUGAUUUUGACGAAAUCAUCAGUGAUGUGGUAAAGAUAGUGAAUAAUAUCCGUGCAAAAGCAAAAAAGAGUCGCAUGUUUGAACAGCUUUGCAAGGAAAUGGAUGCAGAAUUUUCUAAGCUCCUACUUCAUGCAGAAGUUCGUUGGCUGUCUUGUGGCAAAGUGUUGAACAGAUUUCUAACACUAAGAGAAGAAGUGUGUGUAUUUCUGACAGAAGAAGAAGACGAAAGGGCUGUCAAGCUCCAGGACAACUACUGGAUUGCCAGAUUAUCAUACAUGGCUUCUAUCUUUGAGAAACUGAAUCAAUUAAACCUAUCCCUUCAAGGCUUUGGUGGGGAUAUUUUUGAUGUCACUGGCAAGAUUGAAGCUUUCAAGUUAAAGAUUGGGUUAUGGAAAAGAAAAGUUGAAACUAAGGACUUCGGUAGUUUCUCCUUCCUUGAUCAGUUCUUGAAAGAGUGCAACUGGGAAGUGCUAUCUCCUUCGCUGGAAGAAAAUAUUAAGGAUUUUGUUAUUUUUCAUCUGGACAGUCUGGAAAAGAAGUUUAGUAUCUAUUUCCUGAUCAAGAGGCAAGAGCACUCGAAGAAUGUAUGUGGAUUGUGAACCCUUUGUCUCAGCUAAUACCAGAUUAGCCAAUCUGGAAUCAUUGACACCUACUUUGCUAGAACUGUCCACUGAUUUUGCACAGAAGUCAUCAUUCCAUGAAUUCUCCUACUAUGGAGAUUUCUGGUGCUCACUUUUAGGAAUUCCAGAGUACCAAGAACUUGCACGAAUGGCCAUGACUUAUCUAGUGCGGAUGCCAACAACAUAUCUGGCAGAGAAAGGCUUCUCUAAUCUGGUGGAUAUUAAAACAAAAAAGCGAAACCAGUUACAAGAUGUGGAUUCUCUGAUGAGGGGGGCACUGGAAAGUGAAAUAAAACCUCGCUUUGAAAAGAUUGUUGGAACAAUGCAGCAGCAACCCAGCCACUGAAUAUAAAACCUUUUUAAUUUGCUGUUUUAUAACUUGUGUGUAUACAAUGUGAUAUUCCAUUUGUAUUUUUUUUUCAAACCAUUUGAAAAAUCACAUUAUUUGUACAUUUAAAAAUAGAAAUACAAAAGGUAUACACAUAUAAUUAUAUUGUUUUAUUAUACAGUUACCACCUAUAUAAUUGUUUAGGACCAAGUAGCUAUUUUUUAUAUUUAAAAUAGAGACCUAAUACUUUUAUUUAUAUAUUUUCGGUCUUAAAAAUAAAAAACUGAUUUUUUUUUUUUUUUUUUUUU